GAUGUAUCGAUGACCUCAUCGUCUGCCCGCCCGCGGCAAGUUCGCGCGGCUGCGGUGAGUGUGCUCUUUUUAAAUAUGGGGAGGUUACUUUUUUGAAGUAAUAUGUGGAACCUCGGUAACCGCGCUGCCGUGGUGUUGAUCUGUGUGACGUGCGGGUGCGUGUUGGUUUAUAACGCUUGGGGCGCGAUUCUCGCGCUCGUUCUGUCGUUGCUAUUGGUGGUGUACGCGUGCUACUCGCUACUCGCCAACGACAGCCUAGUGUCUCCGCAGGCUUAUUACGUACUUGUCUACCUGCGGGAGGCGAUAGUCGAGCUACACGCGGCAUUGGAUUCCGCAGUCAGCUACGUUAGCGGAUACGUGCGUAAGUUCUGGCAUAGCGCGAGCCGUUAUUACCGUGACCGUUUUCCAUUCAGGAUGGACAAGCGACGCAGCAGAGAUAAUAAGAGUUAUCAGCUCAGUAGCGACUCUUACACCACAGCCGCUAUCAGGACUAGGGACUCGGUGACGCCGACGCCGUCCUCGUUGUCGACCAGGUUUAGCCCGAUCGAUCAAUUGGGCCAGAUCCGGCGUAAUACUUAUCAAGCUUCACGUCAAGCCGAUACGACGUACCACAGGUUUUGCCCAGUCGGCGACCACGAGCGUUCGCUUCAGCUCAUUUUAGGCAAGCACACCUCUACACCAGUGUUCCGACCUGCCGACAGAGAUGACUUUAGCAAUGGUGAUAUAUGUCUGUCACCUGCCAAGACUACUUCACCUUUAUAUACUCAAAGUCAUAAGCUGAGCCAUGGUGAGAAUAUCACACAGUUCAGCCCUGAUGGCUCUCCCUGGGGUACUAGUAUCAGCCCCAAGAUGCGCCCUAGGCCAGCAGGCAUGAAGACAGUCCAGACAGUUGCUGGGCCACUAUUGGCAUCUACACGAUACAAUAUUGAUCCAAAGCUGUACACAGAUGUGUUAUCACCGGGACUUACAACAAGGCUGACUAAGUAUGCUACAGAAGCAAAGAACACAUUAACCCACCAGUCGCAUUAUGGUACAGGACAGUUCCCCAAAGUUAAUCUCCAUGUUAGUCCUAUUCCUUUGGUGAACACAAAAUCGACAAAGUUGAGGAUGCCUGUAACAGUCAGAUUGGCACCACCAGAAGUUACAAGAUACUCUCCACCGGAAAGGCAGAGACUUCUGUCUAACAUUCGUCAUGCGCCGAGCAACAAGUCAACCACGAGCGUUGUCCAGGUCUUGAGAGAUAUAUCGUUGAAACGACACGCGUCGAGGGAAGAUGUUACCUUUGAUGUGGCUAAGAAGCAGAGGACGGAAGAUCUCUUCGAUGAGGAGACAGAAAUGGUAUUAGAAGAGACCAAGCAGAAACGCAGCAGGGACGAUUCUAAAUCGGACGAGGAACUUUCUCCUCAGAAUAUUUCCAUCAGACCUGCCAAGAAACGAACAAAAACGCAAUCUUGUUACGAUAUCUUAAACUCCUUGAGCUCCAGUAUCCAUGUUUCUUCUGGUAUAAAGAGGAAAGCAAUUGACUUCUCGCGCAGCGGAACACCCGAUUUCGAGAAGCAUUUCAAGUCUCUGAAAAGCACACAGUCUAGUAAUUCCCGUUCUCUCAAUUCGCCACAGUCUCAAAACUUAGAUAUAAGUCAUAGUCAUAGACCUGAAAUUAAAGAAAUAUACUCAAGAAGUCCCGAGACUCUCACCUGCGACAAAAUCCAAGAAACUCUUUUGACGAAGGGAAUACUGAAGACACCUAAUAAUGAAUCUAAAUUCAAAUUGAAUAAACCAGUGUCAACGGUCCACAAGAAUACGAAAAGCGUCGAAAUUAGAGGCGACGCCGAGACCGUUGCACCAACAAAGUCCGUUAAAUUGGCGGAUAAAUUGUUUAUGAAAGACGAACCCGAACGGAAUGAAUGGUUGAAGUUACUAGUAGAAGAACAGGGCAGUGUAAAGGCUACAUUUGCGAAGAACAACGUGGAGGAGAUAAAAAGAGAGGAUAUACGGAAUAUGAGGCAAACCAGUAUGAAAGCGAGACUCCAAAGUAUGUUCGAUGCGAUAUCGGGAAAAGCGGAGAGCAGAAUUAAUCCAGACGUCGUGAUUCAAGCGGACGUGAUUCAGGCAGAUGUGAACGAGGUCGCGCCAGUCGUUACAUCCUCACAACCCGGUAGUCGUGCAACUCUCAACUCCUCGACUACUACGACCACUGUCAAUACGACACCGAUUUCAACUGCGGCCAUAGUGCCGGGUGGCACGCUCACGUCGAAACCCGAUACAAAGCCGGCCGCGAUUUUCUGCUUACCGAAUCCAGCGUCGUCAGCACAAUCGAACGCGCCAACGAUAAUUACUCCGGAAUCAAAAGUAGCGAACGUGAAACCUAAGAUAAACGCUCAAGCGAAAAUCGCGACGACGACGGCCGUGAGCACAGAGUCGUUACCAAAAGACCUGUCUUCAACUUCGAGCGCAAUAACGCCGAUGCCACCGACGUUUGUUUUCGGGAAACAGGUUACGGAAACGUCGCCAACUGUGACAUCGAGCACGUUGCCGAGCUUUGGAGCUCACAAUGUUUCUAACAGCAUUCUCGAGACGUCAACUGUUGCUACCACCGCGACGCCUACUGUAUCAACGUUCACCAAUUUCCUUAGUAUUGAUAAGACGCCAUCGACCUUGGCGUUCGUGCCUAUAAGUUCCAGCAGUGCGCCAAGCGGCAAGGUCGAGACGAAUAACACUGCUACCACGAGCGCGAACGCUAUCUCGUUCAUCACGGCGUCAACGGCGAAUACUCAGGCAAGUUCUAUGUUUGCUUUUGCCACCAGCAAGCUCUCUGCGUCCACUGCGACGCCAAAGCAUACUUUGGCAUCGAACUUGCCGCCUCAGUUCACCGGAACGACGUCAUUACCAACCAGCAUAAGCAUGACCAAUAUCGCCGGUUUCACUAGUAUCGCGAGUAAUGUAUUGAACAGCAUCGCGACGACGACAACGACAUCUGCGCCCGCACAGAUGCCGUUGUUCUCUUUCGGAGGAGGUAGUAUUGCUUCGCAACCUCCAAAGUCAUCAAGCAUAUUCGGGUUGGGUCAGUCCGGUGGUAAUAUACAAUCCACGAAUGCUUUCGGAAACAUCGCGAAUAGCCAGGCGACGUCGUCGUUGGACACGAGUAAAUCUUUCAGUUUUACGUCGAAUAACUCGGCGGUGACUACGACUAAUAGUUCAUUCAGCACGACUACAACUAUGACCACGACUGCUACGCCAGCAUUUGGGCUAUCUAGCACGCCUACGUUCACUUUGGGCACGUCUGCUCCUUCUAUUCCAUCCGUCAUUAAGCCUCUAUUCGUGUUUGGCACCACUAGUGUCACAAGUGCGACAUCUACGCCUAUUACAAUUGCCAGCGGUACCACAGCCUUUGGUGCGAUGAGCAACAAUACUGUGGCCGCGUUUGGAACAACCACCACAAUCGCCACGCCGCAAUUUGGGACACCUGCGACCACCGCUUCGCAAUUCGGAGCGCCUACGAUCAGCGCUCCGCAGUUUGGGACAAGCGCGACUUCGCGGUUUGGAACACUUACGACCAGCGCUUCGCAAUUCGGUCCAGCCACCACAUCCAUAUUCGGUAACACGUCAGUUACAACUACAACAACAACGAGCAUCUUCAGCACAACCAACAGCCAAACGGUUUUUGGCGCCAACACGUCAACGACGGGUACCACAAGUAUAUUCAACUCUCCCAUGGCGGCGUCGAUCUUCCCCGCGACGACCAGUGUACUCUCGGCAGACAGCACGGCUGCUAACAAUCUGUUCGCCGGCAAAGCUAAUGUCAAUACUAACAAUUCGACCACUGCGUCGGCAAUGUUCGGAAACGUCACGGCUCCUAUUUUCGGGCAGACUAAGCCUUCGACGUCCUUCAGCACGGCUAACGCCAGCAUAUUCGGCAACACGUCUACGUCGUUGUUCGGCGCGACACAGACCACAAGCGCGCCCACCUUCGGCAUCACCAAUGUCUCCACCAGCAGCGCAAUUACGUCCGCCUUCGACAGCAGCGUGAACAACACAACGUCUGCGUUCGGUAGCGCAUCCGGGGCAAUCACGACGAACGCACCACAGAACACGAGUGUGUCGGCUUUCGGCAGUACGAACAAUAUGUUCGGUUCGACUGACAACACGUCGACUCCCCUCUUCGGAGCGAGUACCAGCGAACCAGCUGGCAGGGCUUUCGCCUCCACGGCCAACACGAGCGCCUUUGGCGGGCAGAAUCCCGCGAAUCUCACCUUCGGCGUUUCAAGCGGCGGCAGCGGCGGCGGUACCACUUUCAGUGACAAUAAACCUCUCUUCGGGACUAUGUCUUCUACCUCGGCGGGUACCUUUGGCAACUUGUCCCUAGCGACAUUCGGCGCCGAGAACGCCGGCAACACGAGCAACAACGCAAGCGGCAUGUUCUUCGGGAACAAUCAGAAGGACGGACAACAACAAGCCGCUGGCUUUGGCUUCGCGUCCAACUUCAACGCAGGCAGCAACAACCCCACUACUGCGUCGCCCGCGCCGUUUCAAUUUGGAUCCACGACUACGAAGCCAGCAGCAACGGGCUUCAAUUUCACCGCACCCUCGCCGACUCCGACUAUCAAUUUCGGGACAUCCGGCACGCCAGCCUUCAAUCCUGCAACCCCGGGUAUGUUCAGCAUCGGGACUGGAUCCAGUGCGCCGCGAUCUAGAUCAAUUCGCACAAGGAAGCCGAGAUGAUGGAGAAUGUAAACGUCGCGCUUUUGGGCGCACAAAUUUUCGUUGAAACACAUUGGAAUGUUUCUAUUUGUUUUAUUUCUCACUUCUUAGAAAUGUACAGUCGCAAGCGCGUACAUAAUCUUCGACACUUUCUUUUUUUAUAUUCCUGGUGUGAAAAAAAAUAAUAAGUCUCGCAGCAAAUUGCACACACACACACAAUGAAAAUAAUAAGUAACAUGUACCACGCACUGUUCAUUAGUGCUUGCAGUACGACAACUCCAUCGAGUGAAACUCGUGUGUAAGUAAAUGUUCCUCCACUUAUCUGACAAAAUGUAUCAGUACGUUAACAUUGUAAUUGCAAUUCAACGAAUAAGUGAAGUGUGUUUGUGUGUAUAUGAGUGUGUAUGAAUGUGUGUAUAAUGUAUUGAAAUAAAAUGUCGCUCAUCAUGUAACGAAAGUAUCAGGGCGAUUGUGCAUCGAUUUAUACGACCUGCUUUAAAUAUAUUCCAAGCUGUUGAAACUCUC